AUGGUGAAGGAGACCAUCCGCGUAUACGCGCGGGUGAAGCCCCUGGGCAGGCGGCAGCAGGCCGGGAUAUAUUCAGUUGAUGAAGAGGAGAAGUCUGUGUCAAGUCUAGAGAUUAUUGUGCCGCGUGAUUUAGCAGAUGGAUUUGUCAAUAAUAAACGAGAAAGCUACAAGUUCAAAUUUCAGAAAAUUUUUGAUCAAGAGGCUAAACAAGAUGUGGUUUUUGAAAGCAUUGCCAAACCAGUGGCAGAAUGUGCUUUGGCAGGAUAUAAUGGUACUAUCUUUGCAUAUGGUCAGACAGGUAGUGGCAAAACUUUCACCAUCACAGGAGGAGCAGAACGUUACAGUGAUCGAGGCAUUAUUCCCAGAACUCUGUCUUAUAUUUUUCAUCAAUUGCAGAAGGAUAGCAGCAAAGUAUAUACAACUCAUGUUUCCUACUUGGAAAUCUACAAUGAAUGUGGUUAUGAUCUAUUGGACCCAAGACAUGAAGCCUCCAAACUGGAUGAUUUGCCAAAAGUGACAAUCAUGGAAGACCCUGAUCAGAACAUUCAUCUGAAGAACCUGUCUCUUCAGCAAGCAGCUAAUGAAGAAGAAGCCCUAAACCUGCUGUUCUUGGGAGACACCAAUAGAAUGAUUGCUGAGACACCAAUGAACCAAGCCUCAACCAGAUCUCACUGCAUUUUCACUAUUCACAUCUCCAGCAAGGAACCUGGAUCUGCAACCAUCCGACGCUCCAAGUUGCACUUAGUAGAUCUUGCUGGAUCAGAACGUGUUACAAAGACUGGAGUUGGCGGUCAUUUGUUGACAGAAGCCAAAUAUAUCAACCUAUCAUUACAUUAUUUGGAACAGGUAAUAAUUGCCCUUGCAGAGAAAAAUCGGUCACACAUUCCCUACAGAAACUCUAUGAUGACCUCAGUGCUAAGAGACAGUCUGGGAGGAAACUGUAUGACUACCAUGAUAGCAACGCUGUCUUUAGACAAAAGAAACAUAGAUGAAUCUAUAUCAACCUGCAGAUUUGCACAGCGAGUUGCUCUUAUUAAGAAUGAAGCAGUUCUUAAUGAAGAAGUUGACCCUAGGCUGAUGAUUGCUCAACUGAAGAAGGAGAUCCAGGAUUUGAAGGAUGAGCUGGCACUAGUGACAGGUGAACAAAGAACAACAGAGCUCUCACAAGAAGAGCGACUUCGGUUGGAUGAGUUAAUUCAAAGAUUUUUGGAAGAUAAUGAUCCUGAAAGCACUCUAGAUGUUGGUCCUGACAUGCGCAAGAUCAAGUAUUGCUUCGUUCAUAUGAAGCAGCUGAUGAAUCAUUCAAAGAUUUCUGAAGAAAAACUGCUCUCACAACAUGUUUUGGAAGAAAAAGACACUAGCAUACAAGUGGGAAAAGAGGAAUUGAAACUGAAAGAAAUUUUGCAGCAAAGAGACGGUGAAAUCAAUAUUCUUGUAAAUAUGCUUAAAAAGGAAAAAAAGAAAGCACAAGAUGCUCUUUUUCAGCUUAAUGCUGUCGCGAGUGGUUCUAACGUCCUGGAUCAGUCUCUUUCUAUAAAUCUGGAAGAACGUCGGAGCCCGUCUAGUUGUGCUCAUCUGAAAGAAGCAAAAGAUUUCAGCUGUUCCGUUCGCAGACUGCCUUUUCUUUCCAGACAAAUAGAAGGAGAGAUGUCACUUGGGUGUCAGGAGGCUUUCGAAGUUUUCAAGCGGGACCAUGCUGACAGUAUAACCAUUGAGGACAACAAACAGCUUCUAAAACAGAGGUUUGCUGAAGCUAAAUCUCUUGGAGAGAAAGUAAAUGAAGUGAGAAAUAAAAUAAACCAUUUGAAAGGAGAGAUAACCCAGCGGCACAUUCAAAAGGCAGCUUUAGCUGUUGUCAGUCCUUCUGAAGAACUAAAUAAGUUUGAUCCAGUAGAAGAGAAACUUCGAACACAAAUUGAAGAAGAGAAAAAAAGUUACAAAACAAUGUUCAAUCGCUUGAAAGGCUUGAAGGUAGAGAUUGAGCACCUGCAGCUUCUCAUGGAAAAGGCCAAGGUAAAGCUACAAAAGGACUUUGAAGUCUGGUGGUCUGAAGAGGCAACAAAACUACAGGUCCAGCAGGAAAAGCCAGAGUUGGUUAAUGCAUCCAAAACUGUAGCAGUUAAUCCCCGAUUUAUCAAAUCUUCAGAACAUUUAUCUACUAACAGUUCUUCAGAAACCAUAAGAAACAGCCCUAAUGAAGAUUCAGCUGGGAAUAAAAGUACAAUUACUUUUAGUUACCCAACUUCAAAAUCAAGGAGCCUGCCAAGUUCAAGUUCAUCGAUUCCCCUGACUGGAGACAGUCAGGUUGAUGCCGACAUCCUCGCUUUCAUUAAAGCAAGAGAGAACAUCCUGCAAAAGAAAGGCUUGGGGAACAAGUGA